AAGCAGCCAAUCCCGGCCUCCCCUGUGUUGGUUUUCAUGGGGACGGCUGUAACAAACACAUGGAGACGUAUAUAUUGGGGCACAAGGUCUUUGGGGAGUCACAAGCCUCCUUCAGCUCACAAUGGCAGCAUAUGCAAGCAUCCUUCUCCUGGCCGCUCUCUGCAUCGGGACAGCCUAUUCCCUGCAAUGUUACACAUGCAAAGUUGCAACCAGGAACAGCAACAUUAACUGUGAAACAGUGACUACCUGCCCGUCCAACUACAACUACUGCCAGACAAACUCAGCAACCCCUGUCUUUGGGACAACUGCGAUGACGAAGUCCUGCGAGAUCAGCUGCAUGAUGUCCAUGGCCGGUGGUUUCAUGGGUUCAGCUUCUGUGUCCUGCUGCUCCACUGACCUGUGCAACACCAAUGGAGGCAUCAGCAUCAGAUCCAGCUAUUCCACCAUUUUCCUGGGAACCCUUGUGAUGCUCAUCAGACGCUCCCUUCUCUGAUAGAUGACGUGAGAUAACAGAUUGUCCAACCUUCAUCAAUAAACAGAUUUUAUUAUAAAACC